GUGGCGUCUGGGGCAGUUCAAUGCUAGACCUCUAGGAGAAUGAGCAGCAGUAAGCUUGUAUGUGUAAUGUUGUGCGUCAUGUUAGCUGGUGGGCAAUCGAGUCACUUAGCCAUCCAGCCAGCUCCUCGGUGGCAAAUGAUGCAGGAAACAACAAGUUUUCAAGUCUCAGCUCAUCUGAAGUUUCGAACGUUAGGUAGAGUGAUAAUGAAGGAGGGUUGUGAUGGGAUGAGAGAGGAUUCGGGGCUAGGUACAGUCGUUUAAUACGUAGGUACCUAUGUAGGUACCUGGAUACUUUACAUCAAGGUACCUAGUCGCAGCCCAACUCCAUUGGUCAACAUGGCUGGUAUAGCACCAAUUUAGGAAUGUGGGCUGGUUGGCUGGGAUUCUGG